AUGCAUGCCCGGGCAGCUGGCAGCUCCCGAGGGGCAGCUCUGGCCGUGUUUACAGUCAAGAAAGCCGAGCAAACGCGCAGGGAACACCGGCGCAUUCAGGUGAGAAAAGCCGCCCGUGAGAAUCCUACCUGUGGUCAUCUCCGCCGAAAGAGCCUCCCAAGUCUGCCGGGAUCUGCCAGGAGGAAAAUGAAACUGCUCACGGAAGAGGCUGUCGAACACUACCUCCAGUGUAAGGUGAACCUGAGGCACCGCGCGGUCUCCGCCGUUGUGGCCGAGGUGCUGAAAACCAUCCAGCGGCUGACUGCCGAAAUUAGCAAGAAAGACUCCCGUUUCCAGGCUGUCUCCAUCUCUGGCGUUCAUCAUGAGAACCUGAAGGUCUUGGCGCCCAGCCAGUUCCUCGUCACCAUCCCGUUGGUUGGCUUGACCGGGUACAAAGAGCGCCAGGUGCGGCGCUGGCGCUACUACACGCUGCACGGGGCGAAGCUCCUGUCCCCCGUCAGGGACCCCGAGGGGCCGCAGCAAUGGCUGGAAGUGGAGCAGUUCUCCAAGAGCCUCCCGCAGUGGCACGAGGAGGACGUCAACAUCGAGGGCGACCUCGUGCCGGCCAGGGUCCUCGCCACCUUCCGAGACCUCGUGGAGAAAGCGAUCCGGAGUUGCAGUCUGGCGGACAAACUCAGCAUCGUGGAAGGUCUCGGCUCUGCGGUCCGUGUCACUGUCGAGACCUCGGAUUUCCAGGUGGAGGUCGAGCUGGUUCCAGCGAUCGAGAUCCCCACGUGUUGGCCUCAGAAAAGCAAGUGGCCCCGAUGCCUCAAGUCCUGGCCCUGCCGGGAAAAAGUGCAGUGUGUUAAGUCUUUUGGCUUCGACCUCUGGGCGUCCUCCAAUUACCAUUGGCAGCAGAGCUUCUCCCGAGCGGAGCACGUGUUGAUGCAGGGGCUCGACGAGGACGGCGGGUGUCGCAGGACGUGCUUCCGGGUGAUGAGGCAGAUGAAGGAGGAUGUGUGGUGCGCAGGGAGCAAGCCAGUCCUAACAGCCUUUCACCUGCAGAUGGUGCUUUUCUGGACUUGUGAGAAGUACCCUCAUUCCAAGGACUGGUGUUGUUUCCGCAAAGCCUUCCUACGCCUGAUCCAGAAGCUGCACAAAUGCGUGAGCCAGCAUUUCCUGAAACACUAUUUCCUCAAAGACACCAACCUGCUGAAGUACGCCAGCACCAACGACUUGGACACGGUGGCCGGAAAGCUGGCCGCGUUUUUGGAAAGCCCUGCGCUCCCCCAAAACUGA